UGAGAAUCACGUGUUGUGCCACAACAUAACAUUCAUUGGUCUCAUCGUUACAACACUUUGCUUCUUAUUUUUCCUCUUCUUCUUAACUACAUUCAAUUCAAACUCAAUUCUUAUACUUGGUAUGGAAGGAUCAACAUCAACAUCAACAUCUUUCCAUGAUUUUCUCCACCGCAUGCGACAUCCUUCCUCGCUCGACCUCGUCCGUGCCAUUAAGAGCUUCAUAGUAUCAUUUUCAUUUUUCCAACCAAAGCCUGAAAAUGAUGGGAAAAGAGUUCAAGACUUUUUUUCAUCAAUGGAAGUUGCAAUUAGAAAUCAUCCACUUUGGGCAACUGCAACUGAACAAGACAUUGAUUGUUCCAUGGAGGGUUUAGAAAAAUAUAUAAUGACUAAAUUAUUCUCCCGGACAUUUUGUACUUCUCUGGAAGAAGCGAAGAUUAACCACGAAAUUUCGGAGAAAAUAAACUUGCUUCAAACCUUUCUCAAGCCUCAACAUUUGGAUAUUCAACCAGUUCUUCACAAUGAAUCCUCAUGGCUGCUUGCAGAGAAGGAAUUGCAGAAAAUGAAUGCAUUCAAAGCUCCACAAGAGAAGCUUUCAAGCAUAAUGAAUUGUUGUAGGGUUAUCAACAAUUUGUUGCUCAAUGAUGCAAUGUCUGAUCAUGUUCCAGCUGGAGCUGACGAUUUUCUCCCUGUGCUUAUAUAUGUUACCAUCAAGGCCAAUCCUCCAAUGUUACAUUCAAACCUCAAAUUCAUCAAGUUAUAUAGAAGGCAAACAAAACUCAUAUCAGAAGCUGAAUAUUAUUUCACCAAUCUUGUCUCAGCCAAGACAUUUAUAAUUGACUUGAAUGCCAAAUCCCUCUCAAUAGAUGAAACCAAAUUUGAAGAGUGCAUGCAAGAAGCCAAAUUGGCCAACAAAAUCACAAAUGAAUUACACUCUACAUGUCAAAUGAAACUUCAUCAGAAGAAUGAUUGCAAUUUUUCAAAUACAAUACACAACAAGACUUUAGAUUUUCAUGUUUUGCAAGAUGGAUCAAAUUAUCCAUACAUGGAAGCAAAGAGCAAAGAUCUAGAAAUGGAAGAUGUGGAUAUAUUGUUGCAUCACUACAAGGAGUUAGUUUCUAAGCAUACAAUUUUAUGCAAAGCUAUCAAUGGUCUUACAGUGUUAGAGAAAGAAUCAUUGCUUCAUCAGAUAGAAAUGCAAGGAGCAGGAAGUGUGAUUUCUGAGUGCAAUGGAACCAACUCAAACACAAAUGAUCAAACCACAUCACAUCAAGAUAAAUCACAAUAAGAUUUACAUAUAUUUAUGUUUAUUAGAGUCAAGUAAGAUUGUAUGUUUGAAUCAUAAAGCAAAUUUCCUUAGUGAAGAAGCUUUGCAUGGAAAUAGCAAGACCAUUUUUCAUUAAGCUCAAGAAUGCAAAACAAAACAUAUUGAAAGAUCACUUUCUUACAAAUCA